AUAUAUAUUUACAAUUUUUUAUUUAAAGAUAUAUAAAAAAAAUCUUGCGUGCCUUGCCGCGGGAGCUUGACUUCCCACAACAACCCGAUCGCCCACGCAAAGCCUCCCCCAACUCGAUCAAACCGCGCACGAAAAAACCCACCAAAAUUCCCCCAAAAAAAUCCCCCGUCUCGAAUCCCGAUGCUCCCAGCUUCCAACUCCCUCCCCCUCCUCAUCAACGCAUGAGCCUCCUCCGCGCGCUCGCGGACACCUUCUCGUCGCUGCUCUUCUCUUCGGGAGGCGGGGCGGGGGCUCCCAUGGACGCAGCGGCGCCGUCGGCGGCGGCGGUGGUGGGGGAGCGCGUGGCGGUGAAGCUCAGGGGCUAUUUCGAGCUCGCCAAGGAGGAGAUCGACAAGGCCGUGCGAGCGGAGGAAUGGGGGCUUCCCGAUGAAGCCGCCGCGCACUACCGCAACGCCCAACGCGUCAUGCUCGAGGCAAAGGCCGCGCGGGUCCCCGACGCUGUCUCGUCCAGUGAGAGGGGGCAGGUCAGGGUGUAUCAGGAGAAGAUCGCCAAGUGGCAGGCACAGGUCGAGGAGCGGCUCAGAGUGCUCGGCCAGAGGAGUGGUGAAGGAGCUGCUGCUGCAGUAGAGCCGAAAAAGGUUGUUACAAGCAAUCCUAUAAGUAGGACUUCAAAACCAGCACCAACUAGUAUCCAAAAGUCUACUUUGCGAAAUAACCCUAGCUUUAACAGAGGUGGACAAGCAUCUGUACCUCAGAAGAAUAACAGUGGAGGUUCUGAACCUGUUCAAAGAGCUGGUGGAAGCUAUGAUGACAAGCUUGUCGAAAUGAUAAAUACAACCAUUGUGGACAGAAGUCCUGCUGUCAAAUGGGAUUAUGUUGCUGGUCUUGACAAUGCAAAACAAGCACUUAUGGAAAUGGUUAUUUUGCCUACUAAACGAAGGGAUUUGUUCACCGGCCUUCGAAGACCUGCUAGGGGUUUGCUUCUCUUUGGACCACCUGGGAAUGGAAAAACAAUGCUUGCCAAAGCUGUUGCAUCAGAAUCGGAAGCAACAUUUUUUAAUGUUUCAGCUUCUUCAUUGACAUCGAAGUGGGUAGGGGAGGCUGAAAAGCUUGUUCGUACACUUUUCAUGGUUGCUAUUGAUCGACAACCAUCUGUUAUUUUUAUGGAUGAGAUUGAUAGCAUCAUGUCAACAAGGUUAGCUAACGAGAAUGACGCUAGCAGGCGACUGAAAUCUGAAUUCCUUAUUCAGUUUGAUGGGGUAUCUUCGAACCCGGAUGAUUUAGUAAUUGUUAUAGGGGCUACAAAUAAACCACAAGAGUUGGAUGAUGCUGUGCUUCGAAGACUGGUAAAAAGAAUAUAUGUCUCACUACCUGAUCACAAUGUACGGAGGUUACUUCUGAAAAAUCAGCUCAAAGGACAGGCAUUCAAAUUGUCCGGUCAUGAUUUUGAAAGACUUGCUUUGGAGACUGAAGGAUAUUCUGGAAGUGACCUGAGAGCCUUGUGCGAGGAAGCUGCAAUGAUGCCAAUAAGAGAGCUUGGUCCACAGAAUAUUCUUACUGUUAAGGCAAAUCAGUUGCGACCUUUGAAGUACGAAGAUUUCAAGAAUGCAAUGACUGUGAUUAGGCCAAGCUUGCAGAAGAGCAAAUGGGAUGAGCUGGAGAAAUGGAACGAGGAAUUUGGUUCAAGUUGACAAUGAUGUGCACUGUCUGCUGAUUAGACAUCGGCCCUAGUUUGACGUGUACAUCAUUUCCUCGACAUAAUAGCUUGCAAGUGGUCUCGCGCCCAUUCAUGCAUCCACAUUGGGUACACGCAGAAAGAAACUAUAUAAAUGUUGCGCAAGAAAACCUUCUAUAUAGUUCAUGAGCUGCUUGGACCGAAGGCGAAUUAAAGGUGGCCAAAUGGUGUAAAAAGAGCAAGGCUUAUAACUUGAACAAUGUCGAAGUGAAGUUUCACUGCGUCCUGGCUCU